GGGCAUGGCCGCAGCAUGAACGCCGGGCCGCAGCGGGAGCCAGAGUGGAAGGCGGCGUCGCAGCCCGAGGCGGGAGCCAUGCCGGAGAAGCGCGCGGGCGCGCAGGCCCCGGGCAGCAGCUGCCUCCAAGGCUUUGGCAGACCAAGUGUUUACCAUGCUGCUAUUGUCAUCUUCCUUGAAUUCUUUGCAUGGGGCCUGUUAACAACGCCAAUGUUGACUGUUCUACAUGAAACAUUUCCUCAACACACAUUCCUCAUGAAUGGUCUCAUUCAAGGUGUAAAGGGCCUGCUCUCUUUUCUGAGUGCCCCGCUCAUAGGCGCUCUGUCCGACGUGUGGGGGAGGAAGCCUUUUCUCCUUGGCACUGUGUUCUUCACCUGCUUCCCUAUCCCACUGAUGAGGAUCAGCCCGUGGUGGUAUUUUGCGAUGAUUUCUGUGUCUGGAGUCUUCUCAGUCACGUUCUCUGUGAUAUUUGCCUAUGUAGCUGAUGUCACUCAGGAGCACGAGCGAAGUACUGCUUAUGGAUGGGUCUCAGCCACUUUUGCAACUAGUCUGGUCAGCAGCCCUGCCAUUGGAGCAUACCUUUCUGCAAGUUAUGGAGACAGCCUCGUUGUGCUAGUGGCCACAGUGGUGGCUCUUCUGGACAUCUGUUUCAUCUUGGUGGCUGUUCCAGAAUCUUUGGCAGAGAAAAUGAGACCGGUUUCCUGGGGAACUCAGAUUUCUUGGAAACAAGCAGACCCUUUUGCGUCAUUGAAGAAAGUUGGGAAAGAUUCUACUGUUUUCUUAAUCUGCAUCACCGUGUUUCUUUCGUACCUUCCCGAAGCUGGACAGUAUUCAAGUUUUUUUCUCUAUCUCAGGCAGGUCAUAGGCUUUGGAUCUGUUAAAAUUGCAGCAUUCAUUGCUAUGGUAGGAAUUCUGUCUAUCGUAGCUCAGAUGGUCUUUCUUAGCAUUCUGAUGAGGUCGUUGGGGAAUAAGAAUACUGUCCUUCUUGGCUUGGGCUUCCAGAUGCUCCAGUUGGCCUGGUAUGGUUUUGGAGCUCAGGCCUGGAUGAUGUGGGCUGCAGGGACCGUGGCUGCCAUGUCCAGCAUCACAUUGCCGGCAGUCAGCGCUCUCGUCUCUUGGAAUGCAGAUUCAGAUCAGCAAGGAGUUGCCCAGGGGAUCAUAACUGGAAUAAGAGGACUAUGCAAUGGCCUGGGGCCAGCACUGUAUGGCUUCAUAUUCUACAUGUUCCACGUAGAAUUGACUGAGUUAGGCCCAGAAUUGAAUUCUAACAGUGAUGCCCUACAGGGAGCUGUCAUCCCAGGCCCACCAUUUUUAUUUGGAGCAUGUAUAGUUCUUAUGUCUUUUCUGGUUGCCUUAUUCAUCCCUGAAUACCGGAAAGCCAGUGGAGUUCAAAAACAUAGCAACAGCAUCAGCGGAAGCCUAACCAACACCCCAGAAAGAGGCAGUGAUGAGGACAUUGAGCCACUGCUGCAAGAUAGUAGCAUCUGGGAGCUCUCCUUUGAAGAGCCUGGGAAUCAGAGCACUGAGCUGUAAACUCAGCAGAAAAUGGGAUUCUGCAGAUGACCACCUCUGAGAGCCAUGGAGGGAGCCGCAGCACAUGGAGACUUCAUGGUGCUGGAGGGGCGAUGCUAGUGGCAUCCUUCGGGCCAAGUUGAUAAGUGACUCCUUCUGUCUCUCUGCCCUUCCUCCUGUCCCUCCUUCCGUUUCUUUUCUCUCAUUCUUUUUUUAUUUGUACAUUAGAAGAAGGUAAGAUUUGAAAUACUUCCCUACAGAUAAUGUACAACUCUCAAGGUCAUCUGGCGUCUGCACUUUGAAAAGUCAUCUCUGAUAGAAAAGAUGGAUUUCCUUUAAUAACUGGAAUAAUCUUUCCAUGGCUUUUUGAACAGAAGGUGCAGGAUUAGAGUGGAACUGCCAUCUUGGGCAAGAUUUCAAGUAAAGAAUCCCUUCUUUUUUCUUCCGUCCUCUU